AUAAGACAUACGUCACUUGUCAUUGUCAUUAUGAUUAAAAAAGUAACAACAAUUCUAAAAACAAAUUUUUUACAAAUCAUAUAACGAUUUUUAUUAAAAAAAACUAUCUCAAAUCUUAAAUAACUUGUAAUGUAUUAAUUAUUAAGCUUAAAUGGAGGAAGCAUUACAAAUAUUGGAUUUGUCUAAUAAAAAAUUAAAGAAAUUAAACAAGCCGACGCCUGAAGAAUCGCAAGUUUUAACCCUCAUUUUAGACAACAAUGAACUGACACGUUUGGACAACAUCGAUUCGUUUACCAAAGUCGAAAAAUUGUCCGCUGUUCAUAACCAGCUAUUGCGUAUGUACGGUGUUUGUCGUUUACACUUGCUUCAAAGCCUCAAUCUUUCCUGUAAUGGUAUACUUACGAUCGAAGGUUUAAAGGAACUUGUAAAUUUAAAAUGGUUGUGUCUUGCCGGGAACAGCCUUAAGACCAUAGAGCAUCUUCAGACUAACACUAAUUUGGAAUAUUUGGAUCUUUCGGAAAAUAACAUCACUCACAUCGCAGAUUUGUCGUUUCUAAAAUGCCUCAAGGAGCUUUACUUGCAUAAAAAUAAAAUUAACCAUUUGGAUCAAUGCGACAAGUUCUUGCCUAUCAGUCUAACAAUACUAACAUUAGCUUAUAAUAAUAUCGGUGAUUUAAACGAGAUCUCGAGGCUCGCUAAUUUGGUGAAUUUAACGAAAAUCUCCAUUGCCAACAAUCCUUGUAUCAAUUUCACAGGGGGUAAUGUAGGGUUCGAUUACCGUCCGUUUGUUAUUAACUGGUGCUUAAACGUCAGCGUGAUUGACGAUUACAUGGUAGAUGCAAUCGAAAAUUUAAGAGCCGAGUGGCUGUAUUCGCAAGGUCGAGGCAGGCAUUUUAGAGUCGGCGAUCAGAGAGAGCUCGCUCAAUAUUUAGCCGCCGUUUGUCCUCUAACAGGCGAAACGCUGGAAACCGAGGACGAUCGAAAGCUCCGAGUGAUAUUGAGCAAAGCCCAGCAUCAUCAACAGCAAUUGAGGAAUCAGUCGUCGAGCAACGCCACACCAGUGCCUAGUCCGAUAUCGAAGAAGAAAAUAACGGGGAUUCGACCGACAUCGAAAGCUGCUAAGAACAAACUCAAAUCGCCGGAUCGCAUGAGCUCGAGCUGUUACGGCAGCUUGAGCGACCACAGCAACAGCUCGGUGAUGGUGCAAAGUUUGGAUCCGAUGAUACUGAGGCAAACGUUCUCGCCGAAAACUCCCGUCGAAUUCUCCGUUCCCGAGAAAUGUCUAGAUUACGAGCUCGUUAAUAGUCCGCUGCAAGCGCUCUCGAAGAACGUGCCCGUGCCCGAGUCGUUGAUGAGCCCCGAUUAUCAUCCUUCGACUGCCCUCUGCAAGAGGAUUCCAACUAGUACAGCCUCGCCUAUUCACACGCCUAGGCCUAGUACUGUGGGCUCGAACGCGACGAAAUCGCAGAAGCCUACCAGGCUGGGUUCGGCGAAAUUGAGGACUCGCGGUACCAAGCCGGUUGAUGUUAGAAAAAGCGCUUGUUCUUCACCGGUUCCACCGCGAAACAUCAAAAGUAGCAUGAAGAAUAUUAGUGGGUUAGAUUCGAAUAAGAAAUACUCGUUGAUGGGAAACGGGUCGGUGAGUAGCGAAGAGGAAUCGGAGAUGUGCGAUUCGAAACUGCACACCAUCCAGAUGAAAGCGAAAGAACGAAGCAGCCUAAAAGAAGCGAAUAACGAAAUAAAAGCGGCCGUUUGCAUUCAAAGGCAUUGGAGGGGAUACUAUACGAGGAACAAGGAUCGAGCGGUGCAACAGUUAUUUCAACAUCUACAAAGCCAAAGGGCCAAUCAAUACAUACAGAAAUUGGCAACGGAUAUGGAGACUACCAAAGCGGCUUUGGAGAGCGAACGGAAGAUUCAAAUGCUACAAACCGAAGCUAUCAACGCGCUGUAUAAGAAAAUUUCGGAUAUUCGACCGGACGGCGAAAAUGCGGUUAACAAUACCGGUACGAAUGAAGAUGUGAUAAAGGAACUAGCUCAGACCCGCGCGGUGUUGCAAACCCAGAUUCAAGAACUGCAGCAUUCCAUGCAAGACGUCAUGAAGGUGAUGUCGGUUUUCGGCCAAUCCGCCGGUCUUUACAACCCGUUUAAAGACGGCAUCGCCACGCAAACUGAAAUAGUCGCCGUACAUACUCCGCAGGGAGAGGCGGCCAAGACGUUUCCUUUUCUCAAACUGGCGAAUCAACCUCGACCGUCCUCUCUACCGCUGCCCGUGCACCAGCGGAAAAAGGACCAGUUGGACCAAGAUUUGGACCAGUUUGCGAUCACUUUGGUCGAUGGUGCUAUGAAGAACGCCUCGGAAUCCUCGAUCGGCGAUAAUCCGGAGGCGAAUUCGAAUAAAGGAACGCCGGAUAAUUGAAAGGUAAUGCUCGUGUAAUGGAAGGAGAACUUUAGAAUGUUCUCGUCGCGUUGUUUGCUUAUUUAGGAAAGUAAGGUUUCGUAGGAUAAGCGUAAAUUUAUAUACAAAAAAAUAAUGAUAUUGCACGGAGAUAAUGGUUGUGUUCGUGUGCGCUUUAAUAAUAAAAAAAAAAAAAUAACGGUGUUUAUGUACUAUUUUCAUCGCAUUUGCAUAAAAAUCUAAUACACGAUUAUCUAAAAAAUACU